AUGCAUGUGAGAAGGCUGCAGUGGAUUUUUCUGUUUCUCCUUGCCUUCUCUGUGCUGGCUCUCUGGUAUGUCAUCUGCCCUUCUGAUGCUGGGAGUGAGCAGCUCAACCUGCUGUACUUCUACGACUACGAGCCGCUUCACAGGCAGCGCUACCUCUUCACGCCGCGGGAGCGCCCCCAGCGCAAAGACAUCCAUCCCUUCCUCGUCAUCCUGGUGGCUUCCAGGCCUCGGGCCGUGGAGUCGAGGCAGGCCAUCAGGAUAACCUGGGGGUCUCAGCGCUUCUGCUGGGGGCAGCGGAUUCUAACCCUCUUCUUACUAGGGGAGGACGCUGAGGGGGCGGCGGCGCUGUCGGUGGAAGAUGAGAGCAUCCUGUACGGCGACAUCAUCCGCCAGGACUUCGUGGACACCUGCGACAACCUCACCUUGGCCUUCCAGUGGCUCACCGAGUUCUGCUCCGGCGCCAGCUUCCUCGUGAAGACCGACGACGACGUCUCCAUCAACACCCCCAACCUGGUGAAGUUCCUCCUGAGGCUGAACUCCUCAGAGGAUGUUUUUACUGGCUAUCCUCUCCUCGACAACUUGGCCUACAGAGGCUUUUACAGGAGGAGACACAUCUCCUACCGUGAGUACCCCUUCAGGCUGUACCCUCCCUACUGCAGCGGCAUGGGUUACAUCCUGGAGGGCAGGCUGGCUCUCAGGGCUUACGAGCUGAUGAGUCACGUCAAGCCCAUUAAAUUUGAGGAUGAGGAUGUUGGAAUCUGCUUAAAUCUGCUGAAGGUGAAUGUCAGUGUUCCAGGAGAGAGCCAGUUCUUUCUUCAUGGGAUCAGGUUUGAUACCUGCAGGUACAGGCAGCUGAUCGCAGUGCACGGCGUUACGGCCAGGGAAAUGAUCCGCUUCUGGCACGGUUUGUCCUCGCAGGCUGCAGUCGCCUGCCUUUGA